CCAAGCAGUCUGUCAACACGAUGACUGCAUAAAACCGAGAGAUAUUUAUUGUACGAAGCAUGAGAAGGUGCUCUGCAAUUUGCAUCAGACCUACCAUCACUUUGAAUGACAUUGUGAACAGUUUAUUUCAUCCCAACAGCUUAAGAAGGGUAAAAGGAUAAGAAUUCUUUAAUUCCUGUGAGGAAUAGUCUCCAUCAGAUGCACAAAUAUGGCAAAGCCUUCGAUAGUUUAGAGUAUCUGGUAACUGGCUUCCAUUCUACAUUGGAGGAGCUUAUGCAGGAGUUUGAUCAGAUCAAAGAAGAAGUUUAUUGCAAAAUUGAUAGAGAUGAGUUUCUAGAUUUCAUUCAGCUCAAACAAAAAAUCGAUGAGUUUUAUUUACGCUUUAAGAAGAGUGAUAUUUACUCCGGAUUCAAGGAGUUCAUGUUCAACAAACAGCUUGAAGGAGACUCGACUGGAACUGUCUUGGUCAUUGGAAUGUCAAAGAAGCUUUGGGAAGAAAGGAAGAAAUUUGAAGAAGUAUUAAAGUCCACGAAUCUUGAAACAGAGCAGAGAGUUAAAGAAGAGGCAGAAGUAGCCAGGGCCAGGGAUAUCCAAGAAUUUAAGAGGCAAAUUGAAGAGAUAAAGAAUCAGAAUGAAGAACAAAGAAGACUUAUUUCAGAAAAAAUUUCGGAGAUUCAGGCUUUAGAAGCUAAGGUUGAAGAAAACAAAACAGAGAUUGAAGAACUAAAUGAGGCUAAGGAAAAAGCUGAAGAAGAAUUCAAAACAAGUGUAACAGAGCUAACUCAGCUCAAAGAGACCCACCAAGACACCACAAAAACUCUCUGCCAAGAUAUCUGGUCAAGAAUCUACGGCAAACACAACCCAUUCAAUUCCAGUACCAAACUAGUACUAAAGAUGACCCAACAAAAGGACAAAGCCUUUUUAACAGAACUGGUGAAAUAUAGAGUAAAACUUCCCAACAUAAAAAGAAUUUAUAUUGACAUGGAUAAGAAAGAGGAUGCUACUGUGAAAGAGUUUUAUCAACAUUGUUUUCCUGAUAAAGUUGAACUGUUUAGUUAUAAUUGGGGAAGACCUAGUAGUUGUGAGCAUACGGAGAUGAGUUAUUAUUAUGAUGAGAUAAAGGAGGUUAUACCGAGAGUUAUGAGAGAGGUUUGAUUGACUGAUUUUGAUUUGACAAAGCAGGAGUUUGAGUUCAUUAUCAGCAACACUAAAGCAAGCAGAUUAAUUUUGCAUUGGUGCAAAUUUGAUACUUCAACUUCAACCACAUUCAAUUGCUCUAAUUCUAGUAUUGAAACCUUGGACCUCCAAUACUGCGGAAGAAACGACAGAAACGAUUGGAAAUCAACACCGUCAAAACUCAAAAACCUCCUCAAAUCCAUCUCCUUAUCACCCCUAAAAGACUCCCUCCAAACCCUCAACAUCUACUCCUGCGGUCUGACUGCCUCCGAAGUAAAAGCCUUCCUCCCUGAGUACGGACUGACCAUCUCCCAAAUCUCUGACAGUUCUUACCUAAGCCCUCUAGAAGAUUAACAGC